AUGAAAUCUCAAGUGCACAACGCGACAAGUGCCGCGCCCGAAAUCGACCGAAUGCUUGAAGAAACUCAAAGAACCCCGUUCAAUGCAAGAAUCACGGAGGCCAGGAUUCCCGAGCCGGGGAAGGUGAGAAUCCCGUUCUACGAAGGAACAACCGACUCAAAAGCACACAUCACCGCGUUUCGAAUAGCGAUGGGACGAGCCUUCACAAAGAACGCCGCUAAACUCACUGGACGCGAAGUAGAUGCCGGAUACUGCCUGCUCUUCGUGGAGCAUCUCAAGGGAGCCGCGCUUGAAUGGUUUUCGAGGCAGGAGCGCAAUUCUAUCGACAGUUUUCAUCAGCUCUCCGCUUUGUUCCUUAAACAAUACUUGAUGUUUAUGGACAGAGGAACAUCUGAUCCUGACCUGUGGACACUAUCCCAAGGACCGAACGAGCCGCUUCGAGAUUACAUGGCAAGGUUCAAGGCAGUCGUAUCCAAAAUAGAAGGGAUAAGCGACAAGGCUGCACUCGAGGCUCUGAAACGAUCUUUGUGGUACAAGUCUGAGUUUCGACGGGAGAUGGCUCUCAACACGCCGCAUACAAUCCAAGACGCUUUGCACCGAUCAUCAGACUUCGUCGUAAACGAGGAGGAAAUGAAAAACUUGGACGAGCACUCAAUUUUGCUGCGUCCCGCGAAGAAGGGCAACCCAUCGAGCAACACAACAACGCAGAGCUCGGAUGAACCUAGAAGCGGAGGCGCCCAUAAUUACCAGGUAGGCACCGGACGCGGAAGAGGAGAGCUGCGCAACAACACUUGGGUGAGAAAGUCUGCCAACUACGACGAGAAGGCUUUCUGCGAGUAUCACCAGACCUACGGGCAUUCAACGGCUCAAUGCCGAACUUUAGGAGCAAAGCUCGCAGCAAAGAUGGCAGCGGGAGAGCUCCAAAACGCGGUUAGCAUCAAAGACCUCGUCCCUAACGAACAACAAGAGAGAGCCGAGCCGAGCGUCACGGCGGAACCCGUGAAUCCUCCCCGACUAGGCGAUAACCCCAAGCGUGACAGGAGAGGCGAACCUGAAGAGCGAUCCGAGCCGAGGCAAAGGAUCAAUAUAAUCAUGGGUGGAUCCCAAUACUACCAAGAUACCGUAUCCUCCAUCAAAGCCUAUCAGCGCCGAGCCGAAGCGAAGGAGAAUUGGACAGAACCAACCGACAUCCCAAACACAGUGAUCUCCUUCGCUGAGGAGGAAACGGCAGGAAUCGAUCGACCUCAUAACGAUCCGUUGGUGAUUGACUUAAUGAUCAGGGAUCAUGACGUAGCAAGGGUGCUCAUCGAUACUGGAAGCUCGGUGAACGUCAUCUUCAGGGAAACACUCAGAAGAAUGGGAAUCGACCUCUCCGAGGUCGAAGCAAUCCCCAAAACUCUAACCGGAUUUUCAGGAGAAACGACGAUGACUAUGGGAACGAUCAGGCUUCCUGUAGUAGCUGGCAGAGUCACUAAGAUCGUCAAAUUCUGCGUCACCGAUCACCCAGCAAUACAAUGUGAUCAUGGGAACUCCGUGGAUCAACGGGAUGAGGGUGGUACCCUCUACCUAUCAUCUCUGCCUCAAAUUCCCAACCCCAGCAGGUGUUAA